AAAAUGAAAGAAGAUCAAUAAAGGCCUGGCUACAUCACUGGUUAUUUGUCUCCCAUGUACAAAACUAACAUGUGUGUAACAUAUCACCCAAAUAGUCUCCAUUUUCUUUUUGUAUUAUCUUACAGGGUUAUCAGAAUGAGCCUUGGCUUGGAUGAGUUGUGCCGUAAUCAGAGAAAAUCUGAUCCGGGGGGGGGGGUUGCUUCUGGCUGCUGCAGUAUGCAGAAUGUAGUAAGACUGUCUCCAAGGCAGAGGGCACUAGAGACAGUUCAAGUUGUUCAAGCAUGGACGUAAUUGUGGCCAAUAGCAUUAAUGCACUAAAUGGAACAACGGUAAAAAUCUCUUGCGUGUUCACUUCCUGCUAUAAGAUGGAUGUUACCAAGUUUGCCAUGAAUUGGACCUACCAAGAAACACGCAACGAUACACAGGAACUGUUCAUGACAUACUAUAAGAAAAGGGGAAUGGUGCCUCUUCGAUCAGAACGGUUCGGGGAAAGGGUCACGUUUGCUGGGAACCUGGAUAAGAAUGACCUGUCAAUCACUCUAUUAAAUGUUCAACUGGAGGAUGAGGGUAUUUACAACUGCUAUGUGAGAAACCCCCCAGACCGCAUCCAGGGACAUGGUAUCAUACAGCUCAAUGUUGUCACAGAACUCCCACCUCCAAGGGAUUCAACCAUUGCGGUUGCCAUUGGGGCUUCUGUGGGAGGAGCAUUAGCACUGCUGAUCCUUUCCAUGGUAGUUGUGAAAUGUCUCCGUCGACACAGGAAACAGGAACUCAUUUCAGAGGAAAAAAUGGAGGAGGAGGGGAAACUGGAGGCUGAAGGUGUUGCAGAAGAAGGAACCAAGCAACCAUAAUGGAUCAUGUGGUUAAACCAGAAGCCUGUGGAGCUCCCAAAACCCUGACAUAUCCAUCCCUUCUUGAGGAUCUAUAGUAAUCACACCUCUUUAUGCUUCCAUCCCGUUUGCAUGUUUGUGUGUGCGUGGAUGUCUAAUGCACAUAUAUCUGUUUCUUUGUGUGUGUGUGUGUGUGUGUGUGUGUGUGUGUGUGUGUGUGUGUGUGUGUGUGUGUGUGUGUGUGUGUGUGUGUGUGUGUGUGUGUUUUCAAAGUGUCUAUGUGAUUGAGGAUAUUUUUGUAUGUCUGAAUCAAAUGUGUCUAUUUCCUCGAAAAUAUCUGGUAACUUACCCAGUAAAUGCAUAUUGUUUUAUUCAUAGCUUUAACUCACUGUUAAUAACAUUAGAGGUCUUUCUUAUGACACAGAAUGCCAUUUUCAUAGCAUAAUAUAUGGCGGGCUAUGGGGCUGGGCGGUAUGACUUAAAAAAAACUAUAUGAGGGUAUAUUUUGAAUAUAGAACUUUAACUAAAAAACUGAAUGACAGUGUAAUAUUUUUGCUGUUACUGUUUGUAUAGCUGUAAUGUUUUAUAUUCAGUCCCAUGCUUUGGGAGAAAAACCUUUAACUGCCUGCAAUGAGCUAUUGAUAAAUAUAACAGUGGUUGUGGAGAUAAAGCUUCAUACAUAAUGAAAGCUGAAGCUAUUUCAACUAUCAUAUGCAGCGUGUAUAUCUGUUGUGGCAGUAAAUUGCUGAUAACUCCAAUGUCUAACACGUCCAAUGUUGGGGUUUUGUUUUGAAUGGUUUUUUUGUUGUUUUUUUAACAUACAUACUGUGAAUCUAGUGGGGUAUUUUUAAACAUUGCCUUAAAGUCUUUUAACUGCCUGUAUGGACACCAUGUCUUAACAUACAUUAGAUGCACAGCUGGAUUUUGCUAUUAUAUAAAUAUGACCAGUUUUCAGUGAGUGAGCCAAAUUAUGUUUACACGGAGCUCGAAAUCUACUUGUGUCUGAGUCAGAAAGCAUUCUCAAACAUUCCUAAUAUCUGGUGAAUUUUGACAAAGCAGUUGGUCUGUGCACUCUACAGAUAGGGUUUUUUUAUUCAGUCAACUUCUCUCAGAAACCAGAAAAACAAGUGCCCCAUUAAUAUUUGUCUUUACACUAGAAUACUGCAACUAUUUCAAACCAUUCAAGAUUUCAUUAUUGCAAAUAUUUCAAAAUAACAAAAUGUUUUUCAGUAUCUACACAUUUUUGAGCUGCCUCUGUCCUAUGUCUUAGCAGUUUGUUAUUAAUAAAUUAAAUAACUUAAAUGAAUAACAUGAUUACAUGAAUUGCUGUUCAGAAUAUGUUAUGUAGUUUAGAUUCUAUACUAAUGCAAACAAAAUAGCAUUCUUUAUUCUUUUUUUUAAAUUUCUUUUUAAAAUAAUUCUACUGUAUGUCAUACCGUCCACCCCCAUAACAGGCACCUUUCCAUUAAGCCUGAUACUGUAUAGGAAUGACUUGGAGUGCCUGAAUAGAGAAGUUGCAGUGAUAAGCACAGAUUUCAGUUCAUUCUCUGUUUUACAUACAAUGAAAACGUUUUAGUCCUGAUGAUAUCUGUGACUGCACUGCAUUAUACAGUCAUUUGCAUAUUCCACUCAGAAUUCUCAGAAAUCCACACAAUAUAAACACAACUAACACUUUGUAAAAGAACAAAAACAUACGAAAGAAAGUUUAAAAUGACGGCCACAACAUUGAAGAAUAUUGAGUCUUAUAAUUUAUGUGCCAACUUUUAUUGAUAGAAUCUAUUAAAGGUUGUCACAACAGUGACCUACACACAGACAACAGCAAUAUAUUGUACUAAUCUCCAUCUCCUAUAUCACGAGCUGGUAUAAGUCCCAGCUGAAAGCAAAUAUUUGAAUGUUUACAUUCCUAACUGACAGAAAUCCUGUUUUAUAGAAACAUAAAAAUGGACAAACUGAAUCACUGCUUCCCAAUUUAUACACUUUUUAGAGUGUAUAUAAAAGCUUAAGAAAAAAUGUCUAUUAAAUAGUUGUAAAGCUUUACAUAUUCUAUUCUAGCUAAGUCUCCAAAGUAAUGACUUUACCUCAACAACGGUGUGCAAAACUGUUUGCACCUCAAAACAGUGAUACAUAUUCUAAUGUUAAUGUAGUGGAGAUCAUGUGAAUAUAAUGGAAAUGAGAGAAAAAACAUAUAUAGUGCAGAUAUUAUAAUGAUAUUAAAACUGUUAUAGGGAAUGUGUGAUUGUGUAUUUCACUAUUAAGUUGACUAGAGAAUCUUGAAUGUUUUUAAAAUAUAUAUUCUCCUAGUAAAAUACUUGAUCACUCUUUAAUAUCAAUCCAGCAUGUACACUUUGUUAUUGUCAGAAUGUCCCAUGAUGAUUCAACUUCAGUUUACUACGAUAAUGAGACAGCAGUGUCACAAGGUGAUGUCUCAGUAACUGUUAAACGGGAGGGUUCCAAAUCUGGUGGCUUGGCCUGACCUGGGUUUUGGCUCUGUUAAAAAAAAUAAUAAAAAAAUAAAUUGUGUACAGGUCUAUAUUUAGGUCUGUUAAGAUCUAUGAUUUUAUCAUUUUUUUGUCCAUUAUUAUGGAUGAUGUACUGCAUAAUUUCAUCAAAUAUUAAUGGCACAUCUUUAAAGUCACAGUAAUAUGUUCACAACUUUGUGUUGCUCUGUGCUGGUCAAUAAAAGCUUAAAUUGUCACUUCGUACAAUCAUGCGCUAAAGAAUAAUAAAGUGAUUACAAAAUUUUGAGUUUUUUCAUUAGCUUUUUCACAUUUCCUGGUACACUGCUGUCUGUGUGUAAUCAUGCAUGUUUAAGUUACAGGGUUUGUAGACCCAUUAGGUGAUGGCAGAUUAACAUUUAGGGCAAAUUUACUGCAGUUAUCACCAGACAGGUUUUAUCAGCAAUAUUGUAUAUAUAUUGUGGUGUAGUAUACUUAUUAUUCAAAAUAGUUUACAGUUAAAAAAAUAUAUAAUGUGCUAGAUAUUGUGCACUGCUGUUUUCCACCUCAAGCUAUGAAUUUGCCCUGAAUAGUUUCUGUUAUAUCACUUUACAUGUUAGUGGACAUCAAAGUUAUGCUUGCACUGCGCUGCCUCUAAAACAAGUGGCAAUGUAUUUCAAAUA